AUGGGCAAGAUUAGUCUGACGGGUGGGGAUAUGAAGGGCCCUGGGAGGACCUGGACAGAAGUGAGGGGUCUACGCGAUCCCCCCAGGAAAUACUUCCACGAAUCCACCUUCGACGCCCACUACGACGGCCGCUUCGCGUCGACCCCGCUCCCCUCCUCCCAGCGCCAGCCCCACCUGCGCGCCCUCGUGAAAACCUACCUCAGCACCAUGCACGCCCUCGGCGCCGAGACGUGGAUCAUGCACGGCAGCCUGCUGGGCUGGUGGUGGAACCGGCGCAUCAUGCCGUGGGACUCUGACAUCGACGUGCAGGUCAGCGAGGCGUCGCUGGCGUUCCUGGCGCAGUAUUAUAACAUGACUGUGCAUACGUUUAGGGAUCUCGAGGUGCCGGUGCUGGAUGAUGGUAGCGGCAAAGAGGAAGAGCAGGAAGAGCAGGAAGGCAGAAAAAAGGUGGAUGGAGAGGCAAAGUCCUACCUCUUAGAAAUCAACCCGCACUGGACGAACGGCGACGUCCGCGACACGCACAACGUCAUCGACGCGCGCUGGAUCGACACUGCAACGGGGCUGUUCAUCGACAUCACCGCCCUACGCGUGAACCACUCCUCCCCCGCCCCACUAUCCCUCUACUGCAAAGACACCCACCGUUACCUCUCCACGCAAAUCUUCCCCCUGCGCACCAGCGUCUUCGAGCACGUCCCCGUGCGCAUCCCGUACGCGUACCAGGCGCUGCUGGCCGCGGAGUACGGCGAGGACGCGCUGGUGAACACGGAGUUCCAGCGGCAUCGCUUUGACCAGGCGAGUAUGGAGUGGCGGCCCGUCGGGAAGCUCGGCGGCAGCGAGCAGGAGAAGCUGGAGGAGGAGAAGUGGAGGGCGAGGGGCAGGAAACCUGGUCGUAGACCGCUGGCUGUUGUGGAUGUGGAUAAGGAGGAGGUAGAGGCUGGAGAGGGAGAGGUCGGCGGGGGUAGUGGUGCGUUUGAGCAGUUUGGGAGCUGAGCAUGCGUUUGGAUAGUGGUAUUCUUUUUUUUUUUGCAUCGUACAACCGGGUUGGUUCGUUGUUACUACCUAGGUAGCAAGCGCGGGAUUAGCGCGGCGUUUUUGGUUCGGGUCAGUUCUGGGUUUGGAGUUGGCGGGACACUGGCUGGUAGAUUCUUGGCUGGGCAUUUACAGCAUUUUGAUAGCGAUAGCGACGUAUAGCGCAUGUGGAAGUAUGAUGUCGAGUGUCGGAGACUACUAUGUCGCGCGGGUAGCCGGGUGUACGAGGAGGUUGAAGCACGAAAGCUGAUUCGCGCACGAGCAACCAAUAUACCCCUUUUUGAAUGAGC